GCCAAGAUUCUUGACUCAUGAUAUGUUAUUAUGUUUGCUAUCCCCCAGAUCACAAUUAAGAGAACAGUCUCCAACAGUCCACUUGGGCUUGAGUUUCAGUUGGACAUCACAGAAGUUCUUUGCCCUGCAUUAAGUGAGCCAGGACUUUGUGCACUUCUCCGCUUUAUGACAGGAUUAUCUGUCUGUCUAAACAGGGGAGAUGUAAAUUUGAAGGCCCAGGCAAGUCUUUCGGAGGGAGAAAAUGACAGUAGUUUGACCAGGAUUACCAUUGCAGAUCUAUGUUUAAGUGACAAGUUUUCACACCUGCCAUGUACGUUAGUGCAGCCAUCUAUGCAUUCUGUUAAAAGAGAGUCUUUUCAUGUGCCAGAAUUUGCUAGAAGCUUUUGCCAUCCAAUAUAUCCACUUGGAGAACAACAGUGGCAAUUGAUUGAGGGAACUCCUCUAAUCUGCCUCCAUUCCCUUCAGAUUGUGCCUUCUCCACUUCCACCAUUUUUUGCUUCUCAAACUGUUAUUAACUGUCAGCCUCUUAUGAUUCAUCUUCAGGAAGAAGCUUGCCUUAGAAUAUCUUUUUUCUUAGCUGAUAGAAUUGUUGUCAAUUCUGGUGAUAUUUUACCAGAUUCCUCAGUAAACUCUCUUUUCUUCACUCUGAGUGGACAAGGCCCAGUUGGAUAUUUCUAAAUGCAACACAGAUAAUAUAGUCCAAACCUUCAUAUUGAAGACUUCUCAUAUAUAGAUUCACCCUCAAUGAAACUAAGAAUACUGAAACUGGAUAAGGAUCCUGCUUGUUUCUGUCUUUAGGAAGGUCAACCAAUUGAUGCUAGCCAGAGAAAGUGGAGUGCCAAAGCAGCCCAGAUUACUUUAUCUCUGGAAGCAUGUACUGGCCCACCUGCACUUCACAAUUCUCUUGCAUCCCUGAUUACUUUAAUAAAUUUCUGUUUCUGUCUUUUUACGUGUAUUUUGGGAGAGUUGGUGAGAAAAUAGCAGUGGCUGGAAAAAGUAAACAAUUGGAGGUCAUUAAGAGCAAAUCUUCUAGCGAAGUGACAGUGCUGCAAGUUUGGCAGUUAAAGACCUUCAACUUCGAUUUCUUGAGUCUUCACCAUUGAAUGUCGAGGGAAUGCCUCUAGUGUAGUUUGUUGGAAAUGAUUUGUUCAUUAGUGCCACUCAUAGAACCUUUGGUGGUGUUAUUGUUAUUUUGUCCACCACACGAACUGAAAUGCUCCUUCAAUCCCUUUUCUGGAUGUAAACAUGGUACAUGUCAUACCAUUGGGGGAACAAGAUACAGAGUCUCAUUGUUUGAACGGCUCAGCUUCUGUAUCUGGUAUUCGUCUUGGUGGGGAAUGAACUAUGCUGAAGUCCUCCUACAUCGAUUUGGAAUAAUUGGUCCUGAUGGUGGUCGUGGGAAGGGUCUUUGUAAAGGCUUAGAAAAGUUACAAGCAGGACUAUUGGCAACAAUUUUCAAGACAACACCUCCCGAUGUUGAUAAUUCAGAAGAUGUUGGAAGUUUGAGCAAAGGGAAAGAAACCAGUUUUCCAAAAUUGAAGAAGCCAGAUAAUGUGGAUAUAACCAUAGAAUUGAAGGGGCACAAGAGAUGGCUGAAAGGUGGUGGAUAUCUAGCCCAGAAAAUGUAAGUAGAGAAGAGAGGUGUUGACACACAACUUUCCAAAGUUUACAAGUAAUUACAAAAAGCAGCCCAAAGAAUGUUCAGGGUAUUUCAGAGUCCUCUGGGCAGCAACUUACCAUUGCUAAAGAACUCAGUCAAAAGAUUGAAUCAAUGGAGGGUUUAUUGAAGCAAUUACGGAAUAAAACUUAAGACCCAUUCAUAUUUGUAUGUAAUUAGAAUUUAUGAUUGUACUUUUUCUUUAUUAAUAUAUUUUACAUAAGUCACAAUUCAUUUUGUAUAUAGCAAAGAAGAUCAUAUUGCUGAGUGUUGUAUAAAAUAGUUAGAAAUUAGGACUCUUCAUUAUUGUAAGAAAAAUUUUGUUCGGUUGA